AUGAGUAAAAAAGAUGGAGAUAGUCUUGAUGCUUUAUGUUUUCCAAAUGCAGAAGAUUAUUAAAAUGAUUUUGAUACUGCCAAUUAAAUUUUAUUAGGAUCAGGAUCAUAUGGAUAAGUUUAUAAAAUGACAUUUAAAUCAAAUCCUUCUUAAAGUUGUGCAGUAAAAAUAGUCUAAUGCAUUAAGUAAAGUUCUCUUUUUUAUGUUAGUAAAAAAUCAUAUGAUUAAGCUUUAAAAGAGGUUUAAUUGAAUAGACAAAUUAAUAUUCAUCCAAAUAUAAUUUAUUUUGAUAAAAUCUAUGCUUGGUCUGAAACUAUUCCAGUUUAAAAAUAUUUUUUAGUUUUUUAAAUGAAAUUGGCUAAAGGUAGUUUGAAAGAUUUAAAAGAGGAUGAAAUAAAAGCAAGUCGUAAAACUUUUAGUGGUAUUUUUGCAUUCAAAAUUUAUAGAAUUAAGUUUCUUAAAUAUUGUUAAUCAAUUAUUAUAAGCUUUUCUUUUUUUAUAACAAAAAGAACUUUAUCAUAGAGAUAUUAAGCCAGAGAAUAUAUUAUAUGAUAAAGAAAAUGAAAAAAUUAUAGCAAGAAUAGCUGAUUUUGGUGUUAGUAAAGCUUUGGAACACUUUAAAACUAAUUUUAAAAAUACUUUAGUUGGUACACCACUUUAUUUAUCACCAAAAUUAUGGGAAGCUUACAUCAAUGGCUAAUACAAUGAUGUUAAGUAAUAUUUUACAAUAUCUUACAAGACAUAAUUUAGAGAAAUCCGAUGUAUUUUCAUUAGGAGUUACAAUGAUAUAAACUUAUUUAUUAUUAUAAGAUCAAGAUAUUGCUGGAUUAAAUGAUUUAAAAUAAAACAAAGUUCCAAAUUUAUUAUAAUAAAUUUAUCAUGAUAAAAUCAAAGAAUUAUUAACAGGAAUGUUAAAUUAUGAUGAGAAAUCUAGAUUUACUUGGUAAUAGGCAAUAAAUUGUUUUAAUGGAGUAGAUAAAAUUAAUGGAAGUUUAGAAUAGAAUUAAGGAGGAAGUCUUUAAAAUAGAGAAAAACAUUAUGCUUUACAUAUACCUUAUGAAAAAACUAUUACAAAUAAAUCAUAAUCUAUUAAAUUAAGAAAAAUAAAUUAAAUUUAUUGUUUAGAAUUGAAUGAAAUAACAAAAGGAUAAAUUACAGAUGAUCAAAGUAUUAUUGUUUUUAGUGAUAAUUACUUAAUUUAAAUAAAUUUUGAUGGAUAAAUCAUUUAUAAAAAAUAAAUAUAAAGUAUUUAUAUCUAUUUUUAAUUUUAGAUUUAAAAAGUGUAUGUUUUACUGAAUAACCAAGAAAGAUUAUAGGAUUAUUUGAAAAUAAUACAAUAUAAGUAUUAGAUGAUGAUAUAUCUUAACCAUUUAGUUUACCUUAAGCAUCAUAAUAAAUUAAUGUAAUUUGUUAAAUGAGAGAAGCAAAUGUAUUAAUUGGUCUUGGGAAUGGAUAAGUGUAAGUUUUAUAAUUUGAUAAAACUUUUAAAGUAUUAAAUACAUUAAAGGAUCAUACAGCAUAAAUUAAUUUAAUAUAUUUUGAUAAAUUAAAUUAGUUAUUGAUAACAUCUGAUUAUUCUAGAAUUUUAAGUGUUAGAUUUUUGUUUAGCAAUUAAUUGUAUAAUUUAUAUUAAUUAUUUUUUUUUAGUUCUUAUUUAAAAUUAGAUUAUAUAGCAUAACAUGUAGAAUUAUUAAAUGAUACUUAAAUUGUAGUUAAUGGAUAAAAAUUAAAUGAAAUUUUAAUAUUGAAUAUCUCUUAUUUAUAGAAAGAACAUGGAAUGAAACUUGAAAUUAAAUAAACUUUAUCUAUAUAAACUGGAUGUGUAUUAUCCUUAAUUAAUUUAAGUGAAAAAUGUUUAUUUGUAUCAACUGAAAAAGAAAUAAUAAUUUAUGAUUUAUAAUCAAUUUAAUAAGAUACUGGACAUCUAUACAAUAAUGAAAUGCAAUAAACAUUUUAUUAUUGUAAUUGGAUAAGAGAUCGUGGAUAUUUGAUAACUAAUGAUGGAUAAAGAAUAAUUAAAUGGGAAAUUGAUUAUGAAAAAAAUUAAUUAUUUGGAACAAAUAGAAUUAUUAAACCUUAAACUAAGAAAUGUUGUUGUUGUGAAAGUUGUUCAAUUAUGUGA